AUGACUGCUCACGCUCAUGACUUGCGCACGCCCUUGCCUGACUUUGAUGCUGGUCUCAACUCGUCCACCGCUUGGAAGAAACAUUUGAGCAUCAGUGAUGCGCCCCAGCCGCCUAGCCCUGUGUCUGAGGAGAAGCCACUGUUCGCGAGGGCAGUUAGGGAUGUGUUGGGAAAUGAGGAUAACCGAGAAUUAGGCCUCAAGGCAGGCGAGACUAUCGAGAUUCUUAAUCCCCGUAUUGGCGACGAGUGGGCACUUGCCAAGAAGCCCGACGGAGAUAUGGGACUUAUCCCUCACGGGUGCUAUGUGACGAUCCAUGACUUUACAGGCACAUCUCCCUCGCCCACUUCACCUACCUUUCCCCCUUCAGGUAGCAUAGACGGACCUAUACGAAUGCAAUCGACCGGUGAAAGCAUCAUUACUUCCUCCCUCUACACCCUUCGCCAGAGUGUACUCGGAGGCAAAAGCCUAAACAGGUUCUCUCAUUUCGUCGUGACGGGCGCAGAGGAGUGGAUCAUAAACGGCUAUGACCCACCCGUGGCAACAAGUCGGUCACACGAAAGGUUUAGAACUGAUGUCACCGUGGACGAGACGGACGAAGAAGUAGGGAGACACUACGUCGAGGCAAACAUGUCCUGGCGAGAGAAAACACCCGCAUUCAACGUCCUUGUCCACUCUCCCGAGAAGCAUUCAUCCGUAACGGGAGCAUACACGCUUUACUCUGUCACAUCCAUCUUUCCCCCUUCCUCCCCCGAAAUGGAACCGACAAGGAUAACAGUCCACCGCCGGUUCUCGCAUUUCAACUUUUUACAUACUGCCCUUUCUAGGUCGUUGCCCGGAAUCGUACUGCCACCUUUACCAGCAAAGCAAUACGCGGGAAGAUUCCAAGGAGAAUUCGUCGAAGCGAGGAGAGGCGAUUUGGAAAAGUGGCUGCAACGAAUCGUGAGGCAUCCGGUGGUGAGGUAUACAGAGGUUGUGGUGUUCUUCUUGGGUUGCGAGAGUGACUUGGAAUGGAAACGUCUUCUUCCGACGUACCUCUCUACUCUCCCCGCAGGGCCAGCGUUCUAUGCAUCGGUAUUUCAUCCUGAUUUUAACCUUGAUGUAGAGGACUGUUCAGCUACCAUCGGCCGGUUCGAGCAUCAUGUUAGAGUGUUUGAUGAGCGAAUAGGAACGUUGAGAGGAGUGAUGGGCGGAUUCAGAGAAGCUCGGAAUGGAUUCUUGGGAGUCGUGAGCGAAGGCCCAAAACACGAUCAUGAGCAUGAAACAGAAGAAAAGGAAAAGGAAAAAUACUUGAAUGACGAGGGUGUUUGGUGUUGGAGAGAUGGAUGUGAAGACUGUUUGCAUACCACAAAAGCAGUGCAGAAAAUGGCCGAGUGUAUGCAGGGUGUGGCGAAUUUACAUGAGGAUAGUGCCAAACGGACGACAUUGGCGAUUCAUGAUAUGGUAAAAGAUAUGAGCCAUCCAAGUAUGAUGUAUGGGCCCCUCAUAGACACGCAUAAGCAAGCCCUAGCGAGAUACCGGGACUCGGAAUCAAUCGAGGCUCGCGCAGAAGAUCUCACGCGUGUCGCGACGGAGUAUUUGGACGAGGAAAUCGCGCUGUAUGAGCAGGUUUUGGCCCGACUUAGAGCUGCUAGAGCGGGGUUUGAGCAAAAGGAUGCAGCUGGGCGAGGUGUUUCACCUGUUCUUCCCACUCCAGUCCCGCAGCCAACGGCGCACGUGUAUGAUCCGGCGCCUGUGCGUCCUGUUUCGACCGCGGUGAACAUGUUGAUUGAUGGGAUUGGAGCAAGUGGGGACAAAACUGGGUUGAAGUUUUGGUCGUGA